AGAGAUUAGUGGUGCUUUAAUGAUUUGAAAGCACUUGAUCUUAAAGCUGAUGGGGAGGGGGUUAAACCAGCAUCAGAAUAUAGACACACAGAUACACACGUUAACAUGUGUGAGAGCUGCUGGGCAAAACAAACGUAGGCAUCGUCUUAGUCUUUACUCGGAUAGGUUUCCUCCCCAUCACAAAGAUAUCACCAAAAGAAAAUCAUUCACCAGAUUUUUGACACACAGCUGGUAUGAGGUUGGUGAGUAUGGGUGUCCGUGUACGGCGGAAUGCUGAACCUUCUGAAGCCAAAACAGAACGUGAAUUUCAUCCUACACCUCGACUUCAUCAUGACUAUGAAAACAUGAAGAACAAGUUCAUGAAUGAGCUAGAACAUCUUCCAUUGCCCAUGUGGGCUGUAGGAGCCAUAGUGAUGGUGGUUCUAGUCCUUGUGGCUUGCUUUACAUAUUGCAUGUUCAGAAAAUGCUUUGGCAAAAAAAAGAAAUCCAAAAAAGAUCGGGAGAGAAAGAGAGCAGGGCGAAGAAGAACAGAAGGGGCCAUAGGAGAUGCAGAAGGAGAACAAAAGGAGGAAGAAGAGAAAAAAGAGGGAGAAGAGGAAAAAGAGCAUGAAAAAUUGGGAAAACUGGAAUUCUCUUUAGAUUACAACUUCACUGAUGCUCAGCUGAUAGUUGGCAUACUGCAGGCUCAGGAUCUUGCUGCUAUGGAUAUUGGUGGCACAUCUGAUCCAUAUGUGAAAGUAUAUCUGCUCCCAGACAAAAAGAAGAAGUUUGAGACUAAAGUCCAGCGCAAAAACCUUUGCCCUGUGUUCAACGAGACCUUUAUUUUCAAGAUCCCCUAUGCUGAACUGGGUGGUAAAACACUGGUGCUUCAGGUGUUUGAUUUUGACCGGUUUGGCAAACAUGAUGUGAUUGGCCAGAUAAAGAUUCCUGUGAACAGUGUGGAUCUCGCGCAGCCGUUGCACGAAUGGAGGGAUCUCGAAAAUGGAGAAAAGGAGGAGAAACUCGGUGAUGUAUGUAUUUCUUUGAGUUACGUGCCCACUGCUGGAAAACUCACAGUUAACAUAAUGGAGGCCAAAAAUCUCAAGAAAAUGGAUGUUGGAGGUUUAUCAGACCCCUAUGUGAAGAUUGUAUUACAGCAUAAUGGAAAGCGGCUGAAGAAGAAGAAAACUACAGUGAAGAAGAACACAUUAAACCCAUACUUCAAUGAGAGCUUUAGUUUUGAGGUCCCAUUUGAACAGAUUCAGAAAGUCCAACUUGUCAUCACUGUGUAUGACUAUGACAAGCUGGGCAGCAAUGACCCUAUUGGCAAAACAUUAAUUGGCUAUGGUGCCACAGGUGUUGGCUUGCGUCAUUGGUCAGACAUGCUGGCCAAUCCCCGGCGUCCAGUAGCCCAGUGGCACACGCUUCAGCCUGAGGAAGAGGUGGACGCUGCUCUAAAGGCACCACAUCGUUAACCGUCGUCAUGGUAAUGAGGCUUAUAUUUCCUGCACAUUCAGGACCGACAAAGAAGCAUCCAGCUACAGUACUGAUUAUCUUUAUAGGAUGGCACUGAUAAGAACUGUUUCCUGUAGGCCCACACAAUACUACUACAAUACCAUGAUUGAUACUCUUUGUGUUUCAACUCAGUACUUCAUACUGUAUCUCCUUUCAAAGUAGUUUUAUGUGUUGUGUUUGUCUGAAUAUUUUUAAAUUCACGUUUUUUUUAAUGUGUGGAGUGGAUCUGUUGUGAAAUUAUUAUUAUUUCUCCCAAUUCUGAAAUCACCCAGUGUUUUAAAUAAGCCAAAUAAACCACAUACAGAUGUUGGUACUUUCCUUACGCUCAUUAUGCUAUACAAAGGUAAAAUGUGCUCUAAAAAUACUGGAUU